AUGAAUGAGCUCGUCUCCCAGGCAUCCUUCUGCUCCCCUGCCUCCCCACCGUCCUUUUUCUCGGCGGCGGUUGGCCACCACUCAAUGCUCGACUUCGUGUCUUGCGGGGUACCCGAGCAGUGGUUCCUGGGCGAAGAAGCACUCGAUAAGCCCAUCCAUGAUGGCGCGGAGUGGGUGGCCGCCGGAGGCUCGCAUGACUCGGCGGGCUCCGACCUCUCCAGCAACCCGCCGGCUGCCGGGAUCGUCCUGUCCGAGCGCGCGGCGAGGAGGCGGGGCAGGAAGCCCGGGCCCCGGUCCGACAACCCCGGAAUCAGCCAUGUGGAGGCGGAGCGGCAGCGGCGGGAGAAGCUCAACCGCCGGUUCUGCGACCUCCGGGCCGCGGUGCCCACGGUGUCGCGGAUGGACAAGGCGUCCCUGCUCGCCGACGCCGCCGCCUACAUCGCCGAGCUACGCGGCCGCGUCGAGCAGCUAGAGGCCGAGGCCAAGCAGCAGGUCGCGUCGAGGAAGCUGGGCGGCAACCCAGCCAUGUGCCCGGCCUCGGGGGGGCUCGAGGAGAAGCUGGAGGUGCGGAUGGUCGGGCGUAAUGCGGCGGCGUUGCGUCUGACCACGGCCUCGACACGCCACGCCCCCGCGCUCCUCAUGGGCGCGCUGCGGUCGCUGGACCUGCCCGUGCACAACGCGUGCGUGAGCCGCGUCGGCGGCUCGGCGACGGUGCAGGACGCCGUGGUGGACGUGCCCGCCGCGCUCCAGGACGAAGGCUGCCUCCGCGCCGCGCUGCUCCACGUCCUGCAGCAGGACGAGAGUGCCUAG